AUGUUUCCUUCAGACCAGUCGAAAAAUGCUCGUAUGUCUUCCUUCUUUCCCUCGCUGUGCGAUAUCAUUCCUACACCUCCGAAUCAAACUUCUCACCACCAUUUUACACCCGAAACAGAAAUUGAAUCGACAGCUACUUCAUUGAAUUGGAGCAUAAUCAAUAAAGAUUGGGAAAAUUCUGAUGCAAUCAUCGCUUACAACGAUACGCUUUACAUAUUCCGCAACGACCUCUUCAAAGUCGAUGCAAAGAGCAUCUCAAAACCGGAAAAAGUUUUGAGUGGCGUGGGCCCAAUUAUUGCCGCCACUAGAUUCAGAGAUUACAUAUACGUAUCAACACAAACCGGAGAAAUAUUACGCAUCAACCUUUUAAACCUUGAAUCAGAAUGCGUUAUCAACCAUUUGAACAAUGUAUGCACUCUUGUCAGCUUCGAAAACAGCAUUCUCGCAUUCGGCGACAAACUUUGGCGAAUCAAUACUUCUGACGGACAAUGCGAAAUUUUAACUAGCCAUAAUUGGGACUCGACCGUAUCCGCUGCCGUGUUAAAUGAGUGUGUUUACGCAGUUACUACGUGCGGAGACCUGUGGAAAAUUGAUUUGCGAGACUAUGCUGCUAGAGUGAUUAAUAAGGGCGGACAAACUCUAGAUUUGAUUCUGGCGUAUCAGGACAACUUGUACUUGUUUUCAAAGAGUCUUUAUAAGGUCAAUACGGACGGUUCUUAUGAGAAAAUAGGUGACAACGUAAAUGGAAUCUUGACAGGCGUUUCAUCUAAUGAUGCGAUGUACGUCAUAUUUAAUUCCGGUGAACUUUUUAUGUUUGAAGAGGAUUCCGAGAUCAUUAAUUUUGAUGAAUAA